CUGUCUGUGACCGAGCUAAAAGAAUCAAUUUUUAAAUUGUACGUUAUCGUAUAGAUCAGCAGCGUUUACCACCGUGUUCGAGAGAAAAUUUGAGACACGAACGAUGGGGCACGGGUCCUAUAAUACUGGCGCACCGACCGGGUGGGUUACAGCCUGGAAGUCGAGGGUGUCGGGAACGAUCUUCAUUUCUGACUGUUCGAUUGUCAGUCAAGCAGAUUUCGAGUCGGUUCGCUGGCGUAUUCCUAUAUCUCAUAUGCAUUGUGCUUUUGAAUCAUUACGUUCGGAACGGAUUCUCCAUGGCGAUCAUAGGUCUCUGGCUCUUUCCCUUAAAUAAUCUGUCGUGGACAAGGAGAAAUCGUCUACAACUUUGACGGUUGAUAGUGUCAUCCGAUCGGAUUCCACCUAGGGCGAUCCCACGCUUAUCCGGUUAUGUAUCACCUAUGUGCCUGAGGAGAAGAGCGACACAUCCCUGAGUGAGUGCUCGAAAACAAACACAAAGAACGGAGCGCGCCGAGGGUGUGCAAUAGGUAAAGGACGGAUAUAGGAGAUGCAGUCAAUCCCAGAAUCAGUGUAAGAGUGCAUCAAUAUCACAGAAAGAUAGAGCGUUAUUUUUAGUGCUAUAUAGAAAGAAAAUUCCUUUCAGCUUACUACAUGCUAAUAAAGUGUCAGUGUCACUACUUUUGGAAUGACCUAAGAAGUAUCAUUACUUCUGCUAUGCUCUGUGUGUCGUAAUGCUAGAAGAAGCAUGUCUAUAUGUUUUCUUCAGUUAUCUCAUAAGCUUUCAUUUCUUAUCUGAAGAAUAAAAACAUUAGAAGCAAAUAAGAAGAAUAACCUCGCAAACAUUUUAUUAGUAUGAGAGAUACUCAAGCAUGAAGAUAUGCAUAUUCUUGACUUUUCUAUUACAAAUUUUCGUUGUACAAGUACAAACCGAGGAGUGUGAAUUAACAUCAAAUGAUCACAUCCAAUUAACAGCAAAUGAAUUUAUUCAAUCACGACAACUAUGCAACACAUCGAGUUUUUCAACGACAGAUAUACGUCGAAUAUCUAUUAAUGGUCAUUUAGUAGAUUAUACGACACGCUGUCAGAAGAGCAUAAGUAACGCAAAUGUUGAAAUUAUUCGCAUACAUUCAAACAGUCGAUCGAUGUGUUCUGAUCUUCAUCAUUCAAAUUCUCAUGGUUAUUUUCACCUAACCAAUGUAAUAAUACACUCCAAUGAAGAGAUUUUCUUACGAGUCACAGCACUCGGUUAUCGAACCAUUUACAAAAGAAUUCGUUUACCAUUAUCAUAUGAACGAUCACAAGGGACGAUAUUGGAUUGGCAAAUUGUUCUAACAAUAGAUAUAAAACAGAGACAGUCACAACAUGAUGAACGUAUGAAGUCUAUUGUUGAUGCACUUCUAUCUGAAAUGACAUUAGAUGAAAAAAUUGGUCAAUUAAAUCUUGAGGGUGUUGGUUUUAAUGCCGAUGGCCCAAUUAUCAGUGACGAGCUAAGAGAGAGAAUUCAUCGUGGUGAAGUUGGUGCUGUACUGAAUAUUUAUACUCCAAAGGCUGUUCGUCAACUACAAGAACUUGCAAUAAAUAGUACACGUCUAAAAAUACCUUUCAUCUUUGGUUUUGAUGUCAUUCAUGGGCAUAAAACAAUUUUUCCAAUUCCCCUAGCUUUAAGUGCAACGUGGAAUAUGACAUUAAUCGAACAAAGUGCGCGUAUUGCAGCUACAGAAGCAACCGCCGAUGCUCUGAAUUGGGUGUUUUCACCUAUGGUAGACAUAGCACAUGAUCCACGUUGGGGUAGAAUUCUGGAAGGUGCGGGUGAAGAUCCGUGGUUAGGUAGUCAAGUAGCUACUGCCAUGGUGCGUGGUUAUCAAGGAAGUAAUUUAAGUUGUGUAGAUACAGUUAUGGCAUGUUUUAAACAUUUUGGUUUAUAUGGGGCAGCAGAAGCUGGUCGGGAUUAUAAUACUGUUGAUAUGAGUCCUUUGAGAAUGUAUGAAUUAUAUUUUCCUCCUUAUCGUGCUGCAGUGGAAGCUGGUGCUGGUAGUGUUAUGACAUCAUUUAAUGAAAUUAAUGGGGUCCCAUCAACAGCUAAUCAAUGGUUACUAAAUGAUUUACUUCAUGAUCAAUGGAACUUUACUGGAUUUAUUGUCACAGAUGCUACAGCAAUUAGUGAACUGAUUGCUCAUGGUUUAGGAAAUUUACAAGAAGUAAGUGCUCGAUCCAUUAAUGCUGGUGUUGAUAUGGAUAUGGGUAGUCAAGGAUUUUUAACAACAUUGAAUCAAUCUUUACACGAAGGAAAAGUAACUGAGCAAACAAUCGAUCAAGCAUGUCGUCGUGUUCUAGAAGCUAAAUAUAAAUUAGGUUUACUUGAUGAUCCAUUUCAUUAUGUUAAUGAAUCACGUGCACAAACAGAUAUAUUUACGAAGCAAAAUCGUUUAGCAGCAAGAGAUUUUGCUCGUCAUUCUUUUGUUCUACUGAAAAAUGACAAACAAACAUUACCAUUAGCAAGAUCAAAUUUAACUAUUACUCUGGUUGGCCCAUUGGCUGAUGAUCAUAGAAAUUUACUUGGUGCAUGGAGUGGAGCUGGUGACUGGAAUCAGGCAGUAAGUGUUGUUGAAGGUAUUAAUCAACUUCUUGGAAACAAUAUUCAAGUUUUACAUGUCAAAGGAGCAAAUCUUUUGGAAGAUCCGAAUACGCUUAAAUUAUUGAAUGCAUAUGGUGGUGAUAUUAUUUUAGAUAAUCGAACAGCUACAGAAAUGAUUGAUGAAGCUCUUCAAGCGGCACAGAAAUCUGAUGUUAUUGUUGCUGUUGUCGGUGAAACUCAAGGGAUGACAGGUGAAGCAUCAAGUAGAGCUGAUAUUGGAUUGCCAGCUUGUCAACAACUUUUACUUCAAGCAUUAUUUAAUACAGGGAAACCUGUUGUUAUUGUACUAAUGAACGGACGACCAUUGACAUUAACAUGGGAAGAUCAACAGGCAACAGCUAUUUUGGAAACAUGGUUUGCUGGUACAGAAACAGGAAAUGCUAUAGCCGAAGUACUUUUUGGUUAUUAUAAUCCAGCUGGUAAAUUAACAGCAACAUUUCCACGGUCCGUUGGGCAGAUUCCACUUUAUUAUAAUCAUAAAAAUACUGGACGACCAUAUAAUUCCAGUAAUUUUCUCGAUCGAUUUAAAAGUCGUUAUAUAGAUAUACCAAAUGACCCUUUAUAUCCAUUCGGUUAUGGUCUUAGUUAUACCAUAUUUACCUUUGGUCAAUUGAAUGCCGACAAAACUGAACUUCACGGUGACUCUGAUGUUUUAACGAUCCGUUUUGUUUUAAGUAAUACUGGUGCAU